AUGUCCUCCCAUGAAUCCCAAUCGCUGCUCUCGCAGUCGCCAAAUCGCAACGGACCUUAUCGCAGCAAGGGGACGUUCCUUGUGCUUCAAGAUGAGGCACCGCCGACGUUUUCACCGCGCCAUCAAGGCACCCUCGCCCACCUGAUUCGGAACCGUUCUCACACGUCCUUGCAACACGGCUCGACAUGGCGGACCAUAGGCGGGCUCGAGUCCUCAGACAUCGAGGGAGGCGCUGAGGGAGCUCCAUUGCUUCCUCACGGCCAUCCUACAGAUAGCGAUGAGCGGCGCUCCUUGUCAGACGAGCGGCGGUUGUCCGCAAUUCUGAUGAGCCACCCCGUACGGAGUAUGAGACUUAUAGGGAGCUCCAAUCCACGAUACAGGUGGGAAAGAUACUGGAAGACUGCAGAGGAGCUCAAGGCCAUGAAGAAGCCCCUGCGAGGAUACUACGAGCGGACGAACUAUCUGAUUCAGCAAUACCUGUACAUCGACAAGCUCCUCGACAGCAGCCUGCCUCACGAUCUCCUGAAUGAAUACAAUGAUAUGCCGGCGAGCCAUUUUCGAGGCGUGGAGAUCCCCACUACGAUUCGAGAGGAGCCUUCCAGUGCCACGCGAAGUGCAGUCGGCAGCCUCAUUGACGGGCUCAAUAGGAGCGGGAGCGAGAACGAACUGCCCACUUCAUCCGACCGGUCUAAUGGCGAGAGCGGCACUGCCACUCCGACUUCCAAGAAGGUCACCCGGACGCCCCGGGCGAUAUAUCGUGCUACGGAGACCACUCCAUUGUUUAACAAUGAUGACGAUGACGCGGUUUCGGAGGGAGAAGGUCCCAAGCCCGAAAUCCCGUGGCUAGACGAUGACGACGACGUGGACAGCGGGGACAGAAUUGUCACAGUCGCCAUCUACGUCAACUUUGCAGCCAACUUCAUCUUGCUGGCUGGAAAGAUUGCUGUCAUCUUCUCCGUCUCCUCUAUGUCGGUGCUGGCCAGUUUAGUCGACGCUGUGCUGGAUUUCCUGUCCACCGUCAUCGUGUGGGUGACUACGUUAUUGAUCAGUCGACAGGACCAGUACAAGUAUCCUGUAGGACGACGAAGACUGGAGCCGCUCGGAGUUCUCGUCUUUUCGGUCAUCAUGAUCACUUCAUUCGUCCAGGUUGGGCUUCAGUCCAUACAACGACUGGCUUCUCCCGAUCACGAAUUGGUCGAGUUGGGAAUUCCUGCAAUUGGCAUCAUGGCUGGAACAAUCUUCGUCAAGGGUCUAUGUUGGCUCUGGUGUCGCUUGGUGAAGAACUCAAGCGUCCAAGCGUUGGCUUCGGAUGCUAUGACAGAUGUCAUCUUCAACACCGGCUCUAUCCUCUUCCCCAUAGUCGGGUUCUAUGCCAAAAUCUGGUGGCUUGACGCCUUGGGCGGGUUGCUUCUCUCCUUAAUCGUCAUCUUCAACUGGUCCGAGACUUCUUUGGAGCACAUCAAGAACCUAUGCGGAUUCUCGGCCUCUGCUGACCAGCGCAAUGUGCUCCUGUAUCUGACCAUGCGGUUUGCUAAGACCAUCCGACAGAUCCAAGGGCUGCAAGCUUACCAUGCUGGCGACAAACUCAAUGUUGAGGUAGACAUUGUCCUUGAUGCUAGCACGCCGCUGAGAGAUAGCCACGACCUUGCUGAGAGCUUGCAAUAUGUUCUUGAAAGCGUCCCAAUCGUGGAUCGGGCGUUCGUACACACGGAUUACGCUACCUACAACCUUCCUACCCACAUGUCACAGCAAGCGUAG